AUUUUUUUUUUCGUGACAAAAUGGGGACCCCCUUAUUCCGUGUCAGCAGUUUCUGAUUGGAUGCUGCAACAAGGGAAUCGGGCACCAAAAAAGUGCCAAAAAACAGAAAGUCACGGUGCACAAGGGCGGUCCUUCAAAUCAUCCGGAACGCAUUCAUCUUUUUUCAAGUCGCUUUCCAAGACCGUCUUCUGAGAAGCUAGUAGAUGAGGUGUUGAAUUGAAACCUUUUCAUUAGCCAACACCCCAUAAAAAUAACUAUAUCGCUUGUUUAUAUGGAACACAAGCCCAGAAAGCUCAAAUCAACACACAGUAACGGACGACGUUCUUCUUUGACUAAUCCCGAUUCUUCUGCCAAACUUGCAACCGCAUCUUCCAUUUCAGGUUCUUCCACCACUGAUCCCGCAGUCAACGCCAAUCCAUCCUUGAAGGAACGAUAUAAUCUGCGAGCCGUCAAGGAAAACGCCAAAAUACCUUCUCCCACUCAACCAAAGUCCAAGUUAUCCUCCUCAGAUAUACCUGACAGCGCCACAACCGCAGCCGGACGUAGCCAUACCACUGCUACCACUAGACCCAGCAAGAAACGUAAGCAGACAGAAUCCGAGUCAUCCAAACCUUUGAGGAAUAAGCGAAACAAAACCGGUACUGCAAAGUCGUCAACUCCUAAAUCUCGUUCCCGUGCAAAGAAUACCUCAAUGGAUAAAUCGCAAACCGAAGUCAGUGGUUUCAAAAAGACUCUCCAGCAAAAAGGCAAGCAAACACGACAGCGAAAAACGUCGGCCACUCGCCGCGAACGCAACGUCUCGUCGGAGGGUUCGCAAGGAGAAGAUUUGGACGAAACACUUCCCGCCGACGCUGCCGAAGGAACCUCCAAGAGGAAAGGAAAAGCCAAAGAUACGACAUCAAAAUCGACAAAAUCAUCAAGCAAGGAUAAAUUACGACGGUCUAAAAAGCAGGCCGAUCCUGAAACGCUCAAUGUCGAUGAUUCAGCCGAUAGUGAUAUGGACAGCACGCCCAUGUCUUACUUUGAUUUCUUCCACGGAGAAAACGAAGAUGAACAUACCAUGGACGAUGAUAUUGCCUCGGAUGAAGAUGACGACGAAAGACAUCACGAUUUAGAAGAAAGUUAUGACCAAGAUACAUGGGAUAGAGACCACGAUAACGAAGAUGACGAGGAUGAGGAUGAUCAGAAUGACUCAGCUGAGACAGAUGAUGAAUUAGCCCGCGCUCGUCGCAAUUUAGGUUAUCAUAUGCAAGGUCUUUUUGGUGGCAUGACUUCUGAUAUGUCCAACCGAUUACGCUCUAUCCUUUCCAGCCUCAAAAACCAGGAAGAUUCCACCAUGCAGCUUAUUGCACUCCAGGAACUCGCCGAGAUCUUGUCUGUCAGCAGCGAAGAUAAUUUGGCAGGCUUCUUCACCAGUGACAGUUUCGCCAAAGAACUGGUGCGUAUCAUGAAAGGCCAGGAUGGCAUGUUCGCCGAAGCGGAAAUGGACAACGAUAUGAUGUUGGCCCUUGCCAUGAGUGGUGGCCUGGGAGGCGGUAAUCCCGAAAUCAUGCUCUUGGCUUGCCGUUGUAUCUCCAACCUCCUGGAUGCCAUGCCCUCAGCGAUUACUAGCAUCGUCUACCAUGGAGCUGUGCGUGUGCUUUGUCAGAAACUUAAAUCCAUUGAAUACAUUGAUCUUGCAGAACAAGCGCUUUGCGCUUUGGAAAAAAUUGCGGCCCAACUUCCACGAGCGGUUGUUCAUGAAGGUGGUCUGAGUGCGGCGUUGAUGUACUUUGAUUUUUUCAGCAUCCAUUCUCAACGAACAGCUUUACGUACGGCCGCCAACUGCAUGCGUACUGUAAAUGUCGACAGUUUUUCCCAAGUCAUGGAAGUCGUUCCCACGUUACUCAAUACCAUUUCUUAUCCCGAUCGAAGUGUUGUGGAACUCACUUGCCUUUGUUGGGUCCGAAUUGCCGAAAGUUUCAGGAAUCAUCGGGAACAACUGGAGAAGGCCGUGUCCAUUGACUUGCUGAAAACGCUCAUCGGUCUUAUCCCUGUGCCUGGAAAUGCCAAUGCUGUGCGACCCGCCACCUUUAUGGAUUUGCUCCGCAUUUUCCGCGCUAUUUCAAAGAGUUCGUCCCAACUGGCCUGUGAAUUGUUACACUUGAAAAUCAUCACUAUCCUGUACCAGGUCGUCACUGGCAUGGCCGAACCGGCUCAAGACUUGUCCAAUCUUCCUGCACAUGAUCAAAUCAAUCUUGACAGCAAAUGGCGCGAUUCCACCCUCACCAUCAUGAAGAUUAUCGCUGAUUUGCUUCCUUCCGUUCCCAAAGAUGAUCUUCCCGGUGCAAAGCAGAUCAAGGAUGGCAAACCUGUCGCCACGCGAACUCGGUCGUCUCGUUUGAGCAGUGAUGAGAAAUUAUCCAGCAAAUCCGCCCAACCCGAUCCACGUGUCCAGUUGUUCAAAGAUCAACCCAAACUACUUCAACAGAUCGGGCAACUUUUGGUGCCGUUACUAUUGGAAAUUUAUACGUCGACCGUCAAUUUACGCGUUCGUCAGCUGGUGACACACACUCUCGUCAAACUGAUCUACUACUCGGAUACGGAGGUGCUCAAGGUCGUUUUGAAGGACGUUCCGUUAUCUGGAUUCCUGGCCGGCCUUUUGACCCAGCAAGAGCAUCCUGUGUUGGUCAUCGAUACCUUGUAUCAAGCGCAGCUGCUGGUUGAAAAACUUCCUGACCCGUAUCACUUCUUAUUUGAAAGAGAAGGAGUGUUCCAUGGGAUCGAAAGUUUGGCCAACGAGACCGCGACGGAAGACAUGCCCAUCAACAAUGCACUCGCGGUGGAAGAAAACGAUUCGGAUGCACGCGACAUCGCUUCCAAUUUUUCGGAAACGCAAGGCUCGGCCUUGGAUCAGCUCAUUGAUUCGUCCGACCUACUUGAAGGUUCUGAAAUGAUGGAAGACAUUGAAGGUGGCGAUGAAGGUCUGGAUGAAGCCGACAAUGAAACCAAUGAAGAACUCGAUGAUGAUGAUCAAGAGCAGUCCAAAUCUGGCAGCAAAGGCGAUCCCAGUGGCCCUCCGUCCGUGCGAUUACCUCGAACUCGCUUUAGCUCCAACGAUGACAAAGAAGGUUCAAGUUCGUUGAAUGCCAGACGCAAAUGGUUCGAGAACGACGACUUGCAUCAGUUAAUUCGCCAAUCACGCCGUCAAGCUCGAACAUCAACGACAGACCCUGAAAAAGGGUUGGGCCGCGCAUCGAGUCGUCUUCAGAUCACGCAGUUGGCGCAAUGCUUUAUUCAAAAGUAUGAGGAACAGACCGCAAAUGUAGGCCGUCGCGCCGAUAACAGCUUGAAAGAAAUUCAGAAAUUUGUUCAAAAUUUGAAUGGGUCAAAACAAGAUCCAGCGGCACGUCAAGUACUGGAAAAUAUGUUGCAGCAUUUGCAAGUUUCCACUACGGGCAUUAGCAGCUUUGAAUUGACCAAUUCAGGGCUAGUCGAUGCGUUGUUGGCUUAUCUCACCGACGAAAGUUAUUCGCCCUACGCUUCUUUGCAAGAUCGUCGUUCAACGUUCCGUCAAGUACUAAUCGAAGCCCCAUCGUCGGCCCAUCUCAAGGAAAAUACGCCCACCGCAUUGCAUAUCCUUGUGACGCGUUUGCAAGAGUUGCUGAGUCGAUUCGAGCCAUUUGAAGUGGUGGCCCCUCUGGAAUCUAGCUCGGGUGAACACUUUAGAAAUCCCACCAACAUGCUUGCCAAGCAGUUGCGACUUCGUCUAACGGGCGAAGGCGACAAUAUCCCUCGUGAAUAUCGUCAUUUGAUGGUGUCCACUCACGCCGUGGCCACCUUCAAGCUGCUGGAAGAAUAUCUUCUCACACGCAUCGGAGGUCCAACGUCUUCCAAGACAUCUAAGGGCAGAGACCGACCGAAACGAUCCGACAGUGGUGAUCGAUCAAAGGUGGAGGAUACAGACAGCUGUCACGAGACAACCGCCGAAGACGAUCUUCAUAAUAUUGAUAAAAUGAGUCUGGAUGAAGAUGAUGAAGAGAUGGAUGAUGUGCAGACGUCCACCAAGAAUUCUCGCAAGAUCGGAAGCAAAAAAGAGGCCGAGAAGAACAAGGCAACUUCAUCACGAAGAGAAACAUUGCGCAGCCAUUCCAAAAAAUCGGCCACCAGUUCCAGCGCAGACGAACAAGCGGACAAUGAGAUGAAUGAACGCGGGGAAUGGAAGAUUCAGUUUUCGCUCAAGGAUACCCCCAUCUCCACCGAUACGACAGUGUACGGUGCUGUGCAUCAGUAUGAAUUGCGGAAUAAAAAUCCCCUGACGGUCAGUCGUAAUAUCUGGGCCACAGCCUAUCCGGUAUCCUUUGAACGGGUUUGGGUCCCUGAAGUAUCGAAUUCUGCCAAAGUAUCGUCUUCCGACCAUCAGCCUGUGCCUCAGUUAGCCAAUAUUCAAUGCUCGGACGUUCUAUCGAGCAACACGGAUUGUGUCAAGGUCCUGGGUUUGCUGAAAGCGCUCGCGUCGCUUGCGCGUAUUUUCGAAUGCGGUGCUUCAAGCGACAGGAGAAUUCUGGUCAAAGAUUUCGUGAACCGCAAGCUGACGGCCAAAAUGAAUCGUCAAUUGGAAGAACCCUUGAUUGUGGCCAGUGCAUGUCUUCCCGACUGGGUGUAUUGGCUUAUGAAAGAAGCGCCUUUCCUGUUUCCGUUUGAGACGCGGUACCUGUUUAUCCAAAGUACAUCUUUCGGAUACUCGCGCCUGAUCGCUCGCUGGCAAAGUAUGCAGAUGCGGAAUAACGGUCAGAACAGUGCUCGCGAUGACGGACAACAACAGCAGCAUGUUUUGGGACGCAUGGAACGACAAAAGGUCCGCAUUGUCAGAUCGCAAAUGUUGGAAUCCGCCAUCAAAAUCCUGGAUCUGUUUGGCAACUGGCAAUCGGUGUUGGAAGUGGAAUACAUGGAUGAAGAAGGCACCGGUCUGGGCCCUACGCUUGAAUUUUAUGCAUCGACAUCGCGUGAAUUCUGCAAGCGACGUAUCAAUAUGUGGCGUGAUGAUGGCGAUGAUCCUUCAAGUGAAUACGUCAGUUGCAAGAACCAAUUAUUCCCUAGACCUCUGAUGAAGGACUCCAACAGCAAAUCGACAAAGAAGAUUAUCAGUCUCUUCAAAACCUUGGGCCAGUUUGUGGCCAAGGCAACGCUGGAUUUCCGCAUUAUCGAUAUUCCCUUCAGUCCCGCCUUUUUCAAAGUGGUCUUUAGCGAAGAAAAGCCUAAUGCUGCGCUUGUCGAGGAAAUUGAUCCUAUGCUUGGGCAAUCUCUUCGUCUAUUGCAACAAUAUUCAACAAAGAAGCAGGCGAUUUAUGCAGAUGAUACGCUCACUUUUGAGCAAAAGCGAGACGCGGUGAGCCAAAUUGAAGUAGAAGGUGCUCGCUUGGAGGAUUUGUGUCUUGAUUUUACUGUGCCGGGCAGUGAAGGAGAUGAGUUAAAGGCCAGAGGAGCCGAGAUACCAGUGACCAUCUUUAACGUUGAAGAAUAUAUCGAUCUCUUGAUCGGAGCCGUGGCAGGUCCGGGUAUUGCUCGACAAAUUGCGGCUUUCCGAGAAGGAUUCAACGGAUUAUUUGCCAUUGAUGAUCUCAAGAUAUUGACCAACAAGGAAUUGGUGGCGCUGUUUGGUGUCGCGGAAGAGGAUUGGUGUUAUGCCACGUUGGCGGAUGCUGUCAAAGCCGAUCAUGGCUUCACCAUGGAAAGUCAGUCCAUGAAAAAUUUGUUGGAAAUCCUCUCAGAGAUGAAUGAUCAUGAACGACGAGAAUUCUUGCAAUUCACCACAGGCAGCCCUCGUCUACCUAUCGGAGGCUGGAAAGCUAUGCGCCCUGUAUUCACAGUGGUUCGCAAGGUUCCGGAAGCGCCUCUUACAGCUGAUGAUUAUUUACCGUCCGUCAUGACGUGUGCAAAUUAUCUAAAGAUGCCCGACUAUUCCAACAAAGAAACGAUGCGAAAACGGCUUUUCACCUCGAUGCAAGAAGGCAAGGACAGCUUCUUGCUUUCUUAG